AUGGACAUCCCGCCGACUGCACGUGCAAUCGCACUCCUCAUUGCCUCCACCCCCGCAGUGCAAGACGCACAAAUAGGCGUCCUGCAGCAGCUGCUAGAGUUUUCCCAUCGUUACACAUCCCAGGUGCUCUCUGACGCGUUGGUCUACGCGGAUCAUGCGGGACGAUCAAAUAAGAUCGAGGCAGAGGACGUGAGCCUUGCGGUGCAGGCAAGGGUAGGCUGGGAGUUCGGAGGCAGAGUGCCGAAAGACUUCAUCACCUCCCUCGCAACCCAAACAAACGCCCAACCCCUCCCCUCCGUCCCCGAAACCUUCGGCCUCCGCCUCCCACCCUCCCCCGACUGCCUCACCUCCGUCGACUUCGACCUCCACCCCAACCGGCCCCCUCCCGCCAUCAAACAAUACGACGAGGAGAUCGAGGAAAUAGAGGAGUCAGGCUCGGAAGACGACGACGAGGACAUGGAGCCUGCGCAGAUUCCUGAUGAAGAGGACGGGUUGUUCGGUGGUGAGGGUGGGGACGAUGAGGAGAGUGGCGGUGAGGAGGGCUUGGAGGAGGUUCCGACGCCUGCGCCCGGUGGGGCACCGACUCCGAAUGGGGUGAAGAGGAAAUUGGUGGAGGAUGAUGAUUAUGAUUGA